AUGAGCCAAACUACUCCUACCUGCCAAAUUGAGCUCGAUGAGCUCCCCACAACCACCUUGGAACGUAUUCACUCCCUCGAUCAGAUAAAAACUAUUCAAUCAAACGGGCCCGAUGUCCUGACGGGAUCCAAAAUGCUCUCCGAAUCGCAGAACACGAAUAAUGGCGAUUUCGAGGAUACCCGUCCUCCUGAAGGAUUUCCUCUCGUCCGAAGUCCGGGCCUUCGCGUCGGGAAUUUCUUCAUCGACAAGAAGGUCUUGUACCUUCUUGGGUCGUGCAUAGGGGUUUUCACGGUCGGGCUCAAUGAUACUGCGACAGGCGCCAACUUGCCUUCCAUCCAAAAACAUUACAACCUGUCCUAUGAGACAAUUUCCCUCGUCUUCCUCGCGGGAUUUGGAGGCAAAUUGGUCUCAUCUAUUCUUAAUCCUGUGCUUCAAAAUUCACUUGGGACGCGCUGGUUGCUCUUGACAGCCGGCGUGCUCUACGCCGGCGGAUCUCUACUGAUCGCCUUUGCCCCUCCUUUCUCCCUUGUGAUGGUCGGGCUCGCACUCAUGGGCUUCGGUGGAGGAUUCUACGCGGCCUGCCUAACAAGUGUCAUUGCUCAUUUCGACAACAGUAGCUUCAUGAAUAUCCUGUAUGCCUUCUUUGGGGUCGGUGCACUAUCUGCACCAUUCAUCAUCGGAGGAUUCGCCAGCGCUAGCAUUUCCUGGAACCUGUACUACUGGAUCCAAUUUACUUUCGGGAUGAUCAUCAUUUUUGGAUUUUUGAUCCUCUUCAAAAACUACGUCGUUCCAUCGGACACAGAGCCGGAAGGCCGCACACUGCGCUCCACGUUUAUCCAAUUCGCACGGAUGAGGAUCACUUGGAUCGGUAUCAUUCUGACUAUCUUUGGCUUUGCAAUCACCCUUACACUCAGUAACUGGUUGACAUCCUAUCUUAUUGAAGUCAAGGGGACUAGACCAGACAUCUCGCGCUACCAACUAUCCAUGCUUUGGGCAGGCAUGACGGCUGGCCGAAUGUUCUUUUCUCUGCCGUAUAUUCGCAUCCGCGAUAGGUUUGGGAAUGCAUUAUUGCUCGCUUUACUCUGCGGAGCCAUCACAGUCCUCUGGUUGGUUAAAACGAGUGCCGCGAACUGGGUCGUGAUUGCUGCUGCUGGGUUCUUUUUGGGACCAAACACGCCUGCUAUUCUCUCUAUCGUUUCUGUCCGCGUUCCGAUGAGUCUAAAAGGGGCCGCCAUUUCGAUUACCCUCGGGUUUGGGCUCAUAGGCAAUUCCCCCUCGCGAAAAGCGCGACUGAUGGCGCGAAUGUGGUCUGUAUACGGUCGAAGCACGAGUUCAUAUGUGCCGUCCGUGCGACCAUGCGACAAAAAUACAAGACUUUGA